AUGUUCAGUAAGAAGUCCCCCAAGGAGCUGGCGAGAGACAGCAAAGGACGCUUCUUCUUAGACAGGGACGGCUUCUUGUUCCGAUACAUCCUAGAUUACCUGAGAGACCUGAACCUGGUUCUGCCGGACUAUUUUCCGGAGAAAAGCCGCCUGCAGAGGGAGGCGGACUUUUUCCUGCUGCGGGACCUGGCGAAGCGCCUCAGCCCGCGGAUGAGUAAAGACAACUCGAUCAGCGAGGAUGUGAGCCAGAGCGACACGGAGGACGCAGCGCAGUGCUGCUCCUCCGGGGAGACAUUACGCGCCCUGUCCACCAGCGGGGCCAUGCGCUCCCCGUCUCUGGACUCCAGAAAAUCCGGCUACAUCACCAUAGGGUACCGCGGCUCCUACACGAUCGGCAGAGACAUCCAGACCGAUGCCAAGUUCAGGAGGGUGGCGCGCAUCACCGUGUGCGGUAAAACCUCUCUGGCCAAGGAGGUGUUCGGGGACACGCUGAACGAGAGCAGGGACCCGGACAGGCCCCCGGAAAGAUACACCUCCCGCUAUUACCUCAAGUAUAAUUUUCUGGAGCAGGCGUUUGACAAGCUGACAGAGGCGGGUUUUCAUAUGGUGGCCUGCAGCUCCACGGGCACCUGCGCAUACACCAGCAAUGAUCCAAACGAGGACAAGAUCUGGACAAGCUACACUGAAUAUGUCUUCUGUCGGGAAUAA